UUUGGGGGAUGCGGAGUCGCCCCCUCAGGGACUCCAUCCUGGCCUCCUGGGCACUGGUCUGUGAGCCCCAUGCAGGUGCUUCCUCCAUCAAAGCUUCCCCUGGGUUAAGGCAGGAGCCACAAGGGCCAGCACGUGGCCGCUCCCCCCGACCAGCAUCACAAACCCAGGGAAGUUUGGGAUGGCCACCGGGAGCCAGGCGUGCCAAGGCCCCACCUCUGGGAGGUGGGGAGGAGGGCGGGGGUGCUGGCCCUGCCCUGCGAGGACCCGGGGGCUCUGCGCACACUGGAGGCAGACCUCUGCUCCGCCGCACGAUGUCCUGGGUCCUCGUCCUCCUGGGACUCCUGGUCCACUGCACAGGCUGCAGCCCUCAGCCUGUGCUGAGUCAGCCACCUUCCAUGGCCUCGUUCCUGGGAGACACCGUCCGCCUGGCCUGCACUCUGCGCGGCGACCACGACAUCGGCCUUUACAGCAUCUACUGGUACCAGCAGAGGCCCGGCCACCCCCCGAGAUUCCUGCUGAGAUAUUUCUCCCACUCGGACAAGAGGCAGGGCCCCAAUGUCCCCCCUCGCUUCUCCGGCUCCAAAGACCUGGCCAAGAACACGGGGUAUUUGAGCAUCGCUGGGCUGCAGGCCGAGGACGAGGCUGUCUAUAUCUGUGCUAUGGGGGCCCUGGGCAUGGGGCGGAGGCGGGAGAUGCAGAGAGAGGAGAGGGAAGAAAGGGAGCUAGCCACUCCGGGCUCCCAGGGCCCCGGGGCCCCCCGGGACACGCUCCCCUUGCACUAAAGGCCGAAGGGCUGCAUCCCCACGGGGUGGGGGUGUGGGCGAGGAGGCUGGGGCGGUGGGCUGCCCAGGGCCAGAAGACGCUCCUGUGAACCCCCUUGGAGGGUGGAUUUGGGGAUUAAAGGUGUUUGCGUCUUGGGAGGUUGUUCUGCCGAGUGGUCUGAAUUGGUUCGGAGGAGGCCCGGGAUGCUUUGUGAACCAUCAGAAUGAGUGGAAUGCACCUGAGAACCAGCUAGGGUGAAGGUCCCAGGAGACUGGCCGGCCAUGGUCUGCUUGGCCAGAACCCGUGGGCUUGUGGGUCUUCCGGGGCAGGUGGCUGACAUGGCCCCUUGGGGGUGCCCCUACCAAGGACAGGACACGCUGUUGUCACCUGAUUGUGCACAGGGUAAGCAGCUUAGAAAACACAUUUGCUGUCCCUCCGGCGAGGAGAGAGGUGCCCCGGGAUGUGUGUGGACGCGGUCCCUUGCUGGGCCUGAUGGUUCUGUGCCAUGGGGGGCUGGCCUGUGCCCUCUAGGGGGUCCAGCAGCAUCCCUGGCCUCCACCACCCAAACAGCCUCCCGCCCGUAGUUAUGACGACCACAGACGUCCCCAGGCAUCGCCGAAGGUCCCCAAGGAGGCAAAAUCGCCCCAACAGAGACACCCUGGGCCAGGUGAGAGGAAGUGUUCUCCAUAAAUAGCACAGAUAGGAACUAGUUUUGGUUUUCUAGGCCAUAUAAUCUUUGUGGCAACUACUUAAUUCUGUCCUGAGAGCUCAGAAGCAGCCACAGACCCUUUGUGAACACACGGGCGUGACUGCUUCCUGUUAAACUUGGUUUACAGAAGCAAGACAGGGCCGGGCUGGUUGUGGCGCUUGGGCCAUGCACUGCUGACCCUGCUCUGGAGAAACACUCAUUGCCGCCUCCAGGUUCCAGCCAGACCACACUCGGUGGGGUGAGCAAGGCCACCUGAGGCCACUUGUGCCUGUGGACUCCAGGGUACCAGCCCCUCAGGACCCCAGAAACCCCAUGGGCAGGGGUGCGGCCUCACCAAUGGGCUUGUUGGGUGAAGAGGAAACAGUGGGUUCCUGCUACUCUGGCCCACAUCUGCACCCUGAGCUGUCAGGAGCCGUUAUGGGAGGUCCCGCCCUUGACAAGGUCAUGAAGAAAAUACCGGGCAGGC